AUGGCCGUGAAGGUCCAAGUGGCGAAUUGGGGCAGUGACGGAAGUAUCCAUGUCACACCAUCUAUACUCUACGGUGCUCUGUACUGCAACGGUUUGAUCUUGUACGGCAUUAACCAGAUGGAGCGCCAAGCUCAUCUACGGGCGCAUGCAGAGUUUCUUCCUUGCGGAAGUAUGGAAGAGUGCAGUCCGCUAGUUGGCUGGAAUGCAUGGAGCAGACGACUACUGGUUGUUCGGGAUACCCUCAUGCUUGUGUUGCUUGAUUCAAACAACGACUUGAGAGAUUGUUGUUUGACAGGCAUGCAUCGCUAG